GUAGCACUCCACUCCAUCCACUUAAUGUAACCCUACACAAAAUGGGCUGGAUGGAUCAAGUUGAAUACAGAUGGGGAGCAGCCCAGGGGAACCAAGGCCUCAUUUCAGCAGGUGGCGCUCUUAGGGAUGUCAAUGGCGAUUGGAUUGCAGGGUUCUGCAGUAAAAUCGGUACAGGUACGGCAAUUGAAGCAGAACUUUGGGGAAUCUAUAAAGGUAUUGAUCUUGCUUGGAACAAAGAAGUUAAAUUCCUGAUCAUAGAGACGGACUCCCAACUAGCCUUAGAUCUGCUGAAUAAGAGAACAGACCCGACUCACCCGCUAGCUACUCUCUUGCGAGCUAUCCGGAGGCUGAUUGCGCAAGAGUGGGUGGUCCAG